AUGGCCCACGAGGAUGCUCCACCACACAAUUCCGCUACUAUUCCAGGGGACCGACAGGACGAGUCGGAAUACAAGCCUGUCUUUGGACUAAGUACAUCGACCACAAAUACAGUACCGCGAUGGCUUCCAAUAUCUUUGCUGGCGUUGACUACCGCAGCCCUAGCUGUUCCAGCCGUUCUCCUGUGGCGGCAAAGGGCACCCGCACUAGGUAAAGUGUUGACGAAUAACAAGCCCCCGCCCCGUCGAACGACUGCUACGGUUAUCCUUCCUGCAGCAAUUACCCCUGCACAGCGUACUCCCCCACCAAGAAGGAGAACGGCACCGUCAGUCGCAGUCGCUAGUCCCGCUAUACCCGCAUCAUCAGCCACGUCUUCUACUACCGAGACUGCGCCUAUGCUCACGACAGACCAAUUCAAUGGUGCUCUAUAUUCUGCGAAGGCGUUUGGAAUCGCUACGCUAGUUGUCAGUGUCGUAGCGGGUACGGGAGUCUGGGGCGUGAAAGCAGCGCUCGACGUUCAAAAUACACAAGAGUUUGCAACACGCAUGAGACAGCUAAUCCUGACUCGUAUGCCUGUUCUUGCUUCUCGGAUCCACAGACCACUAGAACCAGACGAUGGGCUACCGUCAAUCACCGGUCCACAUCCCACUCCUGAGGAGUCGCUCCUUCAUACGCAUGGAACACCCAGGUCGAUUGAGUGGUCGUGGCCGGACGCGGAGCAGAGGUUGAGAGAUGCAUUUGAGAAAGAUGGUAUUUCGGGCUGGGCUGCGGCUGCAAUGCAUGAACUAGAGGCGGAAGGGCAAAUAGAGAGGCGAAAAAGAAGUCACGUCUGA